AUAAGCACUUGUUGUAUCAACUACUCACUACCUUCCACUACUUGACCUCUACCAUGGCUGAGAUGACCACUACUGAUGUUGUUUGCUAUGCCCAGAAACUCCAGAAUCUGUUGCUGGCCCACGACAGAGCUGCCAAGCAAGUUAACUUCUUAGAUGACCAGUUGCUCCGACUUGACCGUCAACUCUUCUACUCCACACUGGACGACACUCACAGCCUGGUUCUACAUCUACUGACCCGCAAGUCCAUCAUCCAGGGUGUCCGCAGGAUGUUUGACCAGUACCUAUCCACCAAGAAGCGCCAGGUCCAGGAGUUGUCUGCCCUUAUCCUGACUUCCCUCGGAGGAGAUGUGGACUUGGGGACACCUGUCAUAGCCAGAAGGAGUGUUGAAACUGACGAGCUUGCCAGGAUGUCUACGACCAACUACUGUGUUCUCUGGAGGGGUGUGUGAUGCUGGACAUUCAGAGAUUGUUAUUCAUAAGUUAUUUGUCCUUUAUGUAAUGAUAUUGUAAUGACACAGUGCUGUAACUUUUAUUUUAUUUUAACGACAGAUUGUGAAUAUUUGUUUUUUAGGGGCAUGUGAAUAUUCACUUAAUUAUGUAUUGAUUGUGAUUUUACUGUAUAAAUUAUUAAGAAUAAAAUGUACAAGUUAUAUGUUUUUAUGUAUUAAAAUGUACUGUCAUAUUGCUAGUGCUGUGAGUGAUUUUGUUCAGUUAUAAUUUUGUGAGACUUGUGAUGUGAACAUAUAUACUGUAUAUCGUAGUUUAUAUCUACUGACAUUUACCAGCUGUAUUUGGUUGAUGAUUUUGUUAGUUAUUUUAGUGCUAUGCUGUAUCUUGUCGAUAGCCAGUUUAUAAAAUUGUUUUUUUAUAUGUUAUAAUCUGGAUGGGCAUGUGAUGUUAUUUUUCAUUGACUAUAGGUUUAGGUUUUCAAUAUAUGUUUCAAUUGUCUUGAUUAUAACUGUUUAUACA